AUGGCGUCCUCCUGUGAUAUCAAGACAGACAACCUGGCGGCCGUAUUACACGGGAAACUCGACAUUCGUCUGGAGAAAAUAGCCGUGCCAGAACUGGAAAAGAAUGAAGUGCUACUCUCAAUGGGAUCGGUAGGGAUAUGUGGAUCUGAUCUUAAGUACUGGACAGAGGGCAAGUGUGGCAUUUUCACCCUCGGACAGCCAAUGGUGAUGGGGCACGAGGGAAGUGGGACUGUCGUCAAGGUCGGCCAAGGUGUUAGGACCUUGAACAUAGGUGACCGGGUGGCGAUAGAGCCUGGAGUUCCGUGCCGGAAGUGUGCCCUUUGUAAGAACGGCAGAUACAAUUUAUGUAAGAGCAUAUUUUUCUGUGCCACGCCCCCCGACGAUGGCAACCUGUGUAUGUACUACAAACACCCAGCUGACUUCUGCUUCAGACUUCCUGGUAACAUAAGUCUGGAUGAGGGCGCAUUGUUAGAGCCCCUGGCUGUGGCGAUAUACAGCUGUCGCCGCGGUAAUGUGAGACUCGGAACCAAAGUCUUGGUAUGCGGUUCAGGUCCUGUCGGGAUAUUGACAAUGCUGGUAGCCAAACAAAUUGGAGCUUCAAAGGUUCUGAUAACAGAUAUAGAUGAUAACCGUUUACAAGUAGCCCGUCAAAUGGGAGCAGAUCUCACCCUGAAGGUGACAUCAAAUGACCCCAUGUGUCUGGCUGAUCAGGUCGAGGUCAUAAUGGAAGGUCAACCGGAAGUAUCCAUAGAAUGCAGUGGAGCAGACAUUAGUUAUGCCACCGCUAUACAUGCAACAUAUCCCGGGGGUUGUGUGGUGACGGUAGCACGUUAUAAAAACAGUGGCGGCAUCCCUCUCAACAUCGCAGCUACUAAAGAAAUAGAUAUUAAAGGUAUCUUCAGAUACGCCAAUUGUUACCCUGCGGCACUGGAUUUUGUAAAUAACAGCGGCGUCGACCUGAAACCACUGAUAACGCAUCACUUUGAUUUACAAGAUACGAUCGACGCAUUCGAGGCGGCAAGGUCGAGGGACGCUCGUGCAGUCAAGGUCAUGAUUCAUUGCAAUAAAUAG